AGACUAGUGAAGAUAUUCGAGCGAUGAUUUGAAGUAUAAAGUCCGAGGGGCUGAUCCAAGCGGUGAGACACAAAGCUGUAAUUGAAUAAGUGGAAGCCCAGAAUCACAAUAAUUAAAGCAAGAACGUUGAGUUUUAAACGGGUUUUGUGGAAGUUCCUCGCCAUAGACAGAACAUUGUUGGUCCUGAACUCUGAGUAAGCCAAAAUCACGAGAGCGGCCGUUUCAUUUUAUUUCGAUUGUUUCAUUUGGCGCAAGUACCUACACAAAGGUGAGAACGAGUGAAUUUUAAAAAUAAAAUAUGGAUAAAAACAAUGGUAGUAACGCAACAGACAACCUCCACAAGGAGGAUACUAACAGAAGUCACUACAGAGGAGCAUUCGUUCUUUACGGAAUGCUUUCAAUAUUUUCCAUCAUUGCUAACAGCCUGAUCCUGGUUCUGAUCUGGAAAAAGAGAAGUCUCCGUACCACUUCCAACACAAUUCUUGCCAGUCUCGCAAUAAGCGACCUUCUCACAGGCUUAGUGGCUGUGCCGAUGGUGAUCGCUUGUUCAGAAACGUUGAUACUGGAUGUCUGCAUCGCCAUGGACAUCUCAAAUCGUUUCCUAGCUUUUUCAUCAGUGGGCCACCUUAUUCUUUUAUCUGUCGACCGUUACAUCAGAAUAAUCAAGCCCUUCCAAUAUCCGUCCAUGGUCACGGAAGUAAGACUUGGUUGGGCGCUGGCAUUUACCUGGGUGUUCUCACUGAUGGCUUCAUUGGUACAACUAACUUGGGUUUUGCAACCUACAAUGGACGACGACACAAUGAUUCGUUUUGACCUGGGAUAUGACUUCAUUCAUAUGAUUGUCCUCGUUUUGGUGCCUCUCGUACUGAUGAUCAGUAUCUAUACAAAAGUCUUCAUUUACCUUCGUCGGCAAAGUAACGAGAUCCACAGCGAAUUGUCUGCACACGCAGUGUCUCGGGUCAAAGCGCGGCGACGAAAUGUAAAUGAAAAAAAAACUGCUUCCUUGUUUAUUGCAAUGAUCACGGUUUUCAUAUUUGGCUUGUUGUUGUAUUUUUUAUGGGCGAUUAUGGACGAUUUAGAAGUGAUAGGGCUACUUAACAUAACGCCACUCACACUGAACAUAAUUGUCAUUAUCAUAAUUUUCCUUCGUUUUUUGAGCGCGCUGUGUAAUCCCCUUCUUUGCACAUUCAUUAAGCAAGACUUUUUAGACGCUUUGAAAUCCUUUUCGAAUGCGUUACGACGUUCGACAAAGGUUUAACAAGGACCCAUUUUGUUGACUGAGCAAUGUAUCAAGAACUAUA